AUGUCACAGACCUUUGAGCCCAACAUCGCUGCUGUCCUUCCCGUCAAGCAGGGUCAAAUUACCAUCGAACAACGCCCUAUCCCUACCCCCAAUGAAGGCGAACUCUUGGUUCGCAAUGCCUACGCUGCUGCAAACCCCUCUGACUGGAAAAUACAAGCCCUAGGCGCCAUUAUCAACGAGUUUCCAGCUGUACUUGGCAGUGACCUUAGCGGCGUCGUUGUAUCCGUAGGACCCGGCGUGACACGCUUCAAAGUCGGCGAUCGCGUGAUAGGCUUUGCCAUGGGUGUUCUCAAUGGAGACGGUAACAAGGCAGCGUUCCAGACCUACACCAUUCUCGAGGAGGUGGCGACAACUCACUUACCUGAAAACACCAGCUUUCAGGAUGGUGCCGUACUUGCCGUCGGCAUGGUUACUGCAUCUAUCGCGUUGUUCAAAGGCCUCGGACUGCCAAUGCGCGAGAAAACUGCUGAGGAGUCUGGAGCUAUUCUUGUGUGGAGUGGUGCUUCAGCCGUUGGUGUUUCGGCAGUGCAGAUAGCACAUGCGCUGGGAUGGCCUGUCUACGCAACUGCAAGUCCGAAACAUGACGAGUGGCUCAAGACAUUGGGCGCGACCGAUACAUGGGACUAUCGUGACCCGGAAGUCGCGCAGAAAAUAGCUCAAGCCUUGAAAUCGUCUGGAACAAAGAUCCGCGGCGUGAUUGAUGCCAGAUCAGAAGGCACCUCCUUUGAUUCUGUUGUCGAGGUACUCACUAGAACUGAUUUGACACCAGCAUGCAAAGUCACUACGCUGAUGCCAUGGCCGGAAGAAAAGUCCUUACCAGCAGGGCCUGAAGUAUAUCAUACCAAUUGCUGGGGAUUCACAGAGAAGUAUCCGGAUAUCGCAAGCUGGAUUUUCGGUGGCUGGUUGUCCAAGGCACUCGGAGACGGGAGGAUCAAGCCUGCGCCAAGGGCUCUUGUUAUCGAAGGUGGAUUGGAAGCAACACAGGAGAUGCUGAACGUUCUUAGAGUUGGGGCAAGUGGUGAGAAGUUUGUUUUGAGAGUUUAG